UUGGUCCCUCAUCGUCCCUCUAGCGUCAACAUGGUUUGCAAGGUCGUCCUCAUUACCCUCCUGGUUGGGGUGGUUCUUGCUGUUCCCCAGUACGACUAUAAGCGCCCACAGCCACCACCACCACCACCCACUGGCCUCUAUCUGCCGCCCACUGCCGCACGCCCACUAAGCCCACCCGCUGCACCACCUCGCGCCCUACCUCGCCCUCCUCCUCCUCCACAAACUUACAAAAUACCUCAAGCCACCAACAUCCGCCCACAGACCUACCAACCCCCUCCCGGCCCAGGCAUGGAGGGAAUGCCUUACGACUUUGAGUGGGGUGUUCAGGACCAGGGCAGCGGUAACGCCUUCAGCCACGUCGAGAACAGCGAUGGACGCACUACCCAGGGGGAGUACCGCGUCCUCCUGCCCGACGGACGCACACAGGUGGUGACCUUCUACGACAACGGCGGUGGAUUCAACGCUGACGUCACCUACGUGUAGCUUCCAUCAGCUGCGACCUGAGUUCGAACACCGGAGUGCUACCUCUUCUUCGAUCAGGAACGUUAGAGAUAUCGCCAACCUACGAGCAAAACAUUAAAGAUAUACCCACCUAUGUUCAGAACAUUAGAGAUGCCCCACCUGUGUUCAAACCCUUAGAGAUACCCGAACUAAGUUCAUAAAAUUAGAAAUAACUCCUACUUUCAAACCUUAAGAGAUAACCACCUUCGAACGCUUGUGGACGACCCUAUUUACUAUCAGUUUCCGACUCCGAAGUACUUCGACUCUUAACGUUCACAACUCAAAGAGGAUCUUGACUUGCUACUCCAUGGACGACGCGCUGAGGCAGCGAGCUCCACUCCUCCUACCUCUAACGACCCUAAAACGAACGACCUUUAAAUCUCUCUCUCAAAAGUUCAUAAUUCCCUUGCUCUAACUUUUCUACUCUCUUCAUGCUAUUUCUCAACGCUACCUACAAAAGAAAUAAGAGGCUCUAUAAUAGGAUUCGUGAUCAUGUAUAUAGAGAGAACUAGAACAAAUAUUUCAUAAAAAAAAUAAAUAUUUGAAAUUUAUUGUUUUGUCUUCUAACUCAAACUUUCUCUAGCUGCUUUACUUUUAAAGAUUAUGUAUAUUUAUAUCUUCAGAGAUAUUCGUGUUUUCAAUCAUGAAAUGAGAUUUUUACUAUAUUUUGGGCACAAAUUUCUUGACUGAAGGAACAGAAGAUGGCUUCAAGUGAACUCUUCAGCCACUACAGGAAAGAGAAAAUAGGUGACGUCCAUUGACCUUUUCAGUCACUGCCACAUAGCUUGUUCCCUGUUUUCGCUCCCACCAUUUGUAUUUAUUUAUUUAAAUGAUUUAUGAAGUACAAACUCCAGGCAUAUCAAAUAAUAACAAAUCUGAAACUGUCAUCCCCAGUAAGACAGUGUCCUUCAUGCCUACCAGUUGUUUGUACCGUAUGUAAUCAGAAGUAAUUUUUAUACAGACUGUAAAUCUUUCUAUGAAAAAUCAUGUUUAUUUUCUAUGCUACACUUGACUUUAUUAUAUCCUUCUCUCAUAUUUUAUUUGUAUUAGUAUUUCGAAAUGUACAUUACAAUACAGUGAAUAAAUGAAAAGUUUUGUCAAUUUCCAUCCCUUCACGAAGCUUGCCUUGGUGUUAGUGAGGGGGUUCUUGAUUCAGGAAUUUGGAGCUAUCCUGAGAUAAACUUAAUACUUUAAUCACUAUUUGAUGUCUGAUGGUGACAAGGUUACGUGCAGCCUUGUUUAGCCGAUAGGCUUUAAACCCCAUUAACUAACCAAGCCGUUUUCCUGGGAAUUUUCAGAUUUAGUAAUAGAGUUUCAGGUACAUGAAGUAAAAAGCUUUCUUGUGUAUUUCAAUUAUUACUUGAUACAAUAAAAUGGGAUGUUAAUAUGCAGAGUUCACGAUAACAUGAGAAGAUUUUAUUCAGAUUAUUAACCCGAAAUGUUAAUGAUCUCCAUACACACUGUGUAUAUACACUGGCUUAGCUUGCUAGGCUUUAUGUCUGGUGGCCUGGUGGCUAAAGCUCCCGCUUCACACACGGAGGGCCCGGGUUCGAUUCCCGGCGGGUGGAAACAUUCGACACGUUUCCUUACACCUGUUGUCCUGUUCACUUAGCAGCAAAUAGGUACCUGGGUGUUAGUCGACUGGUGUGGGUCGCAUCCUGGGGGACAAGAUUAAGGACCCCAAUGGAAAUAAGUUAGACAGUCUUCGAUGACGCACUGACUUUCUUGGGUUAUCCUGGGUGGCUAACCCUCCGGGGUUAAAAAUCCGAACGAAAUCUUAUCUUAUCUUAUCUUAACUGUGCUAGGAACAUUAAAGUUGCAUUUCACCUGUACACCAAUAGUCAAGAGGUAUGUCUACCACUCGGUUUUAUAUAUAAAAUGUAUCUAAUGCACGUAUGAACCUAGGUAUGUAUUAUUAUUAACUAUAUUAAAAGGAGACUAAUUAAAAUACGUACAGCAAUAUAACACUACUCGGUAUAAAUAUGCUCUAUAACAACAAAAAUAAUUACAAAAAUUUUUUUUUUUUUUUGUUUACGAGUAAAAACAUGAAACCAAUAAAUACACCGAGAGGAACAGGUCUCUCGGUGUUUAUACACUGAAAAUUUACUUUAAUGCUUUUGUAAGUGAUUAAAGUAUUCUUGAGAGGAAAGACUCCAUUAGUGGUAAAAAAAAAAGACAAAUUUAAUUACAUGAAACCUUUAUCGUCAACUUUUCAUCCAUAUAAUUUCAUUUGUGCGUCUCAUCGUGUCCGUAUUUUAUAUUAUUACCUACACACAACGGCAAUCUUCAGAAAAUGCGACAAAUAGCAAUGGUAAGUAAAUUUGCACAAGUUAUCCCUUAAUUUCAGACGCUAAGCAGACAUUUUCUUUGAUGUUCAUAGUCCGUUUUCUGUUUUUAAAAUAUUUUUCAGGGAAACCACAAAAGUUUAAAAAAAUAAAAUCGUAAUCAAAAUGUGUAUGAUUUACCAAGUCCAAAAAAAUAAGCAGACAAUUACUUUUAAACAAUAGAAGUGUAAUUAUAUUAACUAGGUAAAUGAGAAAGGAAUCGAUCAACUCUAGUCUUAAAUUUA